UGUGCUCGCGGUGCUUUCUGGUUUCUUCUCCUGAGCCUGACUAGUCCUCCAUCGAUUUACCAUGGCUACCCCGAGGCUCCCUUUUCUUUAUCCGAACUUGAUGCGAGCUGUUAGAUCAUGCGAACCCACCACCUAUCGUUCCAUCCGCGCUCCAUACUCUAGCAGCCAGCAAGCCCCCUUUCACACCAGUCGAAGAUACGCCCCGGAAACCUAUCAUCGACGAUACGGACCUGCCGCAGAACCAAAUCUUCCUCCUCCAUCCAAGCCGAAAGAUGGUUCUUCCCAGAAACAAGCUCCUGCACCCUCAGGACAAGAAGCCAGCGCUCCGAACCCUGCCCCGCAAGAACAGUCAUCGCAGAAGGAGGAACCGGCCAAGCCUUCAGAAAGUUCUUCGUCCCGAACCAAAGACAGUGCCUCAGCCUCAGGAAUAUCUAGUGAAAGCAAGGGAACUGCCGACAAGGCGGAAUUAGAAUUCAAGCCCGAACCCAAGAAGGACAUAGAGCCCACUAUCUCCGACCACCAAGACGCCGCACCUACCAAAGAGGCAGUUCCGAUAUUCUCGAACAACAACAAUAACAACAACGAGCGCCCCUCGUCAGAAGAACCACAAUAUAACCCCCACAUCCUCAAGCAGAAUCCUCUCGAGGGCGUCCUUCACAUGCCAUCUCCUUCAUCCUACCUCACAACGGGAGGAGGUCCAGUCCCUGACCCCACGAGCAACCCCCCGAAUCUAUCCCCGGCUCCCUACGUGCACUACUUCGACACGUAUUCUCUUGUUCGGGAUCUCUCUAAAAGCGGCUUCUCCGACGAGCAAUCCAUAACGAUCAUGAAGGCCGUCCGCAGCAUCCUCCAGAGCAACCUCGAUCUCGCCAAACAGAGCCUGACCUCCAAGUCGGACGUGGAGAACGAAUCCUAUUUGUUCCAGGCGGCCUGUUCGGAGCUUCAGUCGUCGCUGCAGACGGCGCGGACCUCCGAGAUGCAGCGGCAGCGUGCUUCGCGCACCCAGUUGCAACAUGAAGCGGAUAUCUUGUCCCAGCGGUUGAACCAGGAACUCGCCGGCCUGAAGGACGAUAUCAAAGGCAUGUUCAAUGAUCACAAGAUGUCAACGCGGGAACAGCAACGCAAUAUCGAUACCUCAGUUCAGGAACUCAACUAUAAGAUUACGGUAUCGCUGAACAGUGACGGCAAGAGUGAGAUCGAGGGCCUUCGAUGGAUCCUGACGAGAAGAGCAGCAAUGGCCAUUGCUACGAGUGCUUUUAUGAUCAUCCUCUUCCUCAAGUACUACUCCAUUCGUAAAGGCGAGGAGAAGAGUAAGAAGAAGACCGAACAACCGGCCGCCGAGGCCAAGGCAAGCCGUGUCAUUACCCCCGAUCCGGCCCAUCGGCCUAAGUCGACUACCCCCCCGACGGUUAUUCAUCUCGGCGAGUCUCUGGGUUGAGUGAAGAAUUCCUUGUGCCAUCAUUACCACUAAUUUUCUUCCUUCUUCUCGCAUGUAUAACCACCCUUUCCGAUUUAUAGAAUUCGUUGCGGGUUUGACGGAUGACUCAAUCCGCGUUGCCCGUUUCCAAGAACCAUUUAGAAUUUUCCCUUUCGUCGUUCAUCAUACACAUACAUACUCACUCGUCCGCCUGAUCCCUUUCGAUCUACCACAUCCUUACCAUCUCUCUGACUCCUGUCGAUACCCCUUUUGACUUUAAACCCAUUAUCCAGUGACCAAUAUAGCAUAUAGACAAAAUAACUAUCGCAUUG